AUGCGAAGAAUACGAGGACCAAAACCCGGCCAACUAGCUGGUCAGAAGCGAAAGCAGGACGAAGAGCUCUCUACGAACCCGAAUACAAAGAAAGCUCGAGAUCGCCUUCAACGGAUGACUGAUGUGGAGCGGCAGGUCGAAAAUGCCAAAAGUGCAGACCGACAAGCUGUCCGGCGCGCAAUCAAGAAGCUCGAAGAAGACAAGAGCUUUCGGGAUGCUUCCGCAGAAGAAAAAGCUCGCCUGGUGGCUGCUACUAAAGCGAAGGUGAUGCGAAAGAGGAAGCAGCACGGUAGAGCGGCAGAGUGUGUUGCAGAGCGCCUAGGCUACACAGAGGAAUCGGAUGUCGAGGAGGAUGAGGGAAACCGCGCUGGGGACGAUGUCGAGGAGACCGACACAGCUAUUCAAGAGCAGUACUUGCGACGUGAUCAUAUUGCGAACCCAAACGCUGACGCCAUUUCCGAUAAGCCUGAAGUGAAACAUAGCAAUGGAUACAGCACGUUAAAGCCACAGGGCAAGCAGAUCAAAAACGAUUUGAUAUGGCGAUCCUGGGCGACCUUCUGGAGGGAUGCUGUCAGAGAUUUUGCUUGCAAAGUCGACCGCCUUGCUAAGAUGUCGUCGGAAGAGAUCCUCGCUCAGCGGCCACAUACAUACUUCUCAGAAACCGACAGAGCCUGUUUCCGCAGUCUUCAAUUCUGGCCGGAAGUCUGCCCAGGAUCUUGGGCUGAACUUCCAGGCCCCGCAAGCUGGUGGGAUGACGACUAUGACUUUGCUAGAUAUGGUUGGGAGGCAGAGGACAAUGACCCAAGGACGAUGAGCGGGCGACGUGAUGCUCUCGACAUGGUUUUUGCAGCAGAGAUGCCGACGGAUUUUCCAGAGUACUUGUUCGAUUUCACUGAGCUAAAGGUCCUCCGCGCUUUGCCUGACGAUUUCCAUCAUUAG